AUGGAGGGCUAUUCGAGAAAAGACGAACAAGGGUGUCAUCAGUUUCUUGAUUUGAUUCCUAAAGAAAGAAAAUUGGUUGUUGCUGGGAGUUCAGAAGUUCAAAGCCAUGGCCUUUCAGAAGAUCAUCAGAAGCUUGAGCUGAGCCUGGGCCCACCAGGCGGCAGCGAUUGGGCCGUCACGGACAGCAACAUCGCCUGUAAAAAUCGAAACUUUAGCGAUUUCGGAUGUUUUCGGAACAGCCCUUGUCCUGAAAGCCGCCUUGUCUUGAGAUCUCCAUGGCAAAGCCAAGCUAAGAAAGCAGCUCAUCUUGGUGAUCUCAACUAUCUUGCUGUGACGAAUGAAUCAUCACAGCCCAGUAGCAUUAGAGUAGCUGUUGAUUCGAAAAAUACUCCUGCAAAUACAGCUGUGCCUAAUGCUAGCGGUGCCCAGAAAAGGACUGCCCCUACUCCAGUUGUGGGAUGGCCUCCCAUUCGAUCCUUCCGGAAGAAUCUUGCAACCGGCAGCUCGUCUAAAUCGACUUCUGACCCAAAAGAUGCCGUCCCAGGAAAGAAUUUCGAUGGGAAAUCAGCUGAUAAUCGCCCGAAAACUCUGUUUGUCAAGAUUAACAUGGAUGGGGUUCCUAUUGGAAGAAAAGUGGAUCUCAAAGCGUAUGAUAGUUAUGACAAACUCUCGUGUGCUGUGGAUGAACUAUUCAGAGGCCUUCUUGCAGCUCAAAGUGAUUUUUCAGCUGAGGAGGAAAGGAAAGUUGCAGGAGGCUUGCUGAAUGGGAAUCGGGAAUACACGCUCGUUUAUGAAGACAAUGAAGGUGACAGGAUGCUCGUUGGGGAUGUGCCAUGGCACAUGUUCGUCUCAACUGUGAAGAGGCUUCGGGUGUUGAAAAGCUCUGAACUACCAGCAUUCUCUCGUGGAAGCAACAAACAGGGGAAGCAACUCGACGGUUGA